UGGCAGUAUUGACGUUCAUAAUAACUGAAAGUUUUUACGUAAAAAAAAAAUUAGUUUUCAGUUUUAUAGGACACAUCUGUAUUUGUCCAGAAAAACUGGAUUUUAUUCUGGUUUUCAGUUUACUUAUUUAAAGAUUAGCUUAUAGAUUUGGUGGAUGAGACAAUAUAACAAAAUUACCUCUUAUGGCAUUAUAAACGACGAUUAAAUUACAAUUCCAACUAAAAACAUAACGUAGUUUUGGUUAACAUGUUCGGGGUUGAUAAUAAUAUUGAUAAUAUUUACGCGACCGAUUGCAAAAUGAUAAACUCCCAAACAGCCGGAUCAAAACUCACGUACGCACAUGCCCUCCCCCUCCCGCACGCACCUUAUGCACAUAUCUGGCAACCUUGCACGUCCGACUUUGAAAGGUCGCCCCAAGGCAUUGGCUGUCGUCUUCGUAUCGCGUUUUCUACGUACCGGCGAUAGGCAAAAAGCGACCUGCUACCGAGCCGACGACACGAGGACGUUAUACCUGGAGCACCGGCUCGAGGAGGAGUACCCCACCUCCGGACUCGACUACCGAUUCAUUUCAGUCCGUUCUAGCCGGCAACGUGGUGGAGUGUGCCGCGAUAUCGACGUGAAGGUGUUCGGAAACGAUUUCUGGUAUCCACAUUUCUUCAUUUUUAUUCCGGUUAUCGCGGAGACCCUACAUUUCCGUCGUUUUUGGGCUGUGAAACGCAAAAUGUGACUCACUGGAACGAUUCUAUUGAAUGUGAUUAGCUAUUAGUUGGCAACUAUUUGUUGCUACUGGAUUAGUUUUUUUUUUUGCAUUUGAGAUCCAGAGGCGGAGGAGUUACAAUGCUGCACAUAACGGAAGAUACUCCUCCUGACAUGUUAGCUGGUGCUAUGGACCUCACCGUCCACCUACCCAGCGGCAGAUCUAUCAAGAUGUCAGUGGAAAGGAGCACUCCGAUGAUGGACCUGUUGGUCCAAAUUACCACCAACAAUCAGCUCCAACUGUCCAACUACACACUCCAGGCUCUCGGUAUGGCUCCGUCCGCCCAACACAGCGACAAAAUUCUCCCCUUUAAGCCGAACACGCCCAUAGGGGCAUUAGAUACGCAACACGUUCGAGUUCUACCGAAAGGUAGAUCUUUGCCUGCUCCCAAGUAUGUUGCACCAGGUCAUCAGCCUUUCGAGAGUACGUUUAGAUUGAAGGUGCACUUACCUAGGAAUCAACUGUACGUUACCCGAGUCAGUAGGAAUGUUCUCUUGGAGGAUAUUAUGAAGAAGGUAUGCGAAGAAAAGAAUCUGGAUCCGAUGAAGUACGAAUUUAAGCAUCCAGGUAACCUAGACGAGGUCCUGGAUCCGAAAUUGACGUUAAGCGACUACCAAAUAACCGAAAUCUACGUUGUCCAUAAAGGCACGACAAACUUAAACCAGGCUUUUUCUGCUGCCGACAUUAUGAGCCUUAGGAAGGAAGAGGAAAGGAAGCACAUGCACAACAAAACCGGUGGCGGCGUUUUCAACCUCAUUUUUAAACGAGGCAAAUCGAGUAUGGGUUCGGGAUCUGUAUCGAGCGAUAACAGAUCGAUAUCCCCAACGCAAAGCGACGACUCCCGAUCUGUCACACCACCUGGUGUGCAGCCGCCGCCUAUCAUAACCCCUCCGAAAAAGGACCCGCCGCCUGAACGUCCGAAACCGCCCCAAAGAAAAAGGCGACCGGCGCCUAAACCACCCCAGAUUCAAUCUGAAGGAGUUAAGGAAGUCGAUGCAGAAAAGACACCGUCAGUUCUUUCCAAUGAUGAUUUAUCGACAGAGACUGCGACACAAUCGGAGGGCAAGAAAGCGAUUAGCGAGAAUGGUCUCACUAUAUGCCAUUCUCGAAAUAGCAGCGACAGUUCGGGGUACCACGAGGCGUCCAUAUUGAGUGAACAUUGCGCUAACACGUCGUUGCCUCGAGGACGACCGAAAUCCGCCCUCGUACAGCCGCUACAGGGCGGAUCAAAUUUGACCAGCAUGGCCGCCCACUCGAGAUCUACGACCAGCUUGAUAGCAGGGCGGAAAAAGAAAGCGGCCCCUCUUCCCCCUUCCGUAGUAGUAACACCAGCCAGUUCGGUAUUAUCAGCUCCCUCCACCGAAAAACCUAGUCCCUUAGUUGCUAGUCAGCCUAAUUCCACCCCCAACGAAGAAGAUUUUCCCGAGGUGCUGGAACCCUUAACCUCCACUAUUAACCCCGUGCCUCUACCUAGAAGAAGAAGCGGUAACCCGCCCGUGCCUCAACCACGUCACGAUAUUCAAUCUUUGAGUGAAUCACGCAAUGAACCAGUCGUAUAUAAAGAGCCUAAGAACAAUCAAAAUGACCUUUUCAAUGAAACUAUAAUAGAAGAAAUAAUUAGAGAGAAGCUAGAAAUGGCAAGGGAAACAGUCACUCCAGAAUCUGUUUCUAGAGACAUCGAGGAACCUCCCAUAGAAGACAUGUUAUUGAGUUUGGAAGCUGUGAGUCCAUUUUCAAGUCUCCAGGAACUCACUAAUGUUCCCAAUGAGGAAUUUUCUAAAACGACCACAUCAUCUGCCAAUUUAGUGACAAAAUCCGAUGAACCUUCACACGCAUCGAUGGUCGAGUUGCAAAAAUCUGUUAUCCAGAACAUAUUUGCAUCCACAGACUUUCUAGGGGAGUCAAAACCACCCGAAGUGGUAGCGUUGAUUCCAAAGACCCCAAAAGACGAAAAGAAAUUUGCUUCCAAAGUCGAUACAUUCGGCAAGAAGCAAUGCUUCAAGAUCGGAAGCUCUAUACUAGAACAUAAUUUCGAUCCAGAAUCAACAAGUUUGGGAAGUAAAAAAGACACCGAUAGCGUGUCAUCUAAAAAUUCGGUCAGCUCAGCACUGAACGCGUUUCAUUUUGUCGACGAAAUUUCGGACGUCGACGAAAGUAUGUUUACUGGAUCGCAAUCGAAGGCGGCAAGUAAAAAGAGACCGGAAAUUUUUAACCAACUGUUUGGAAUGCACGCAUUCGAGGAAAUUGAAAGACCGAAACUUAUAAAAAAUUUAUCGGUGACAAGUCUCAGUAGCGUUUCCAGUAUACCCGGUUUUGGUGGAACUAACAUGACGAAAUGGGGCAACACGGAGGAGUUAAAUGACGUUGCCCUCAGCGUAUUCAGCGUUAGGAAUGAAUGGUUAGCUGGUGACGCAUCUGACACAGAAUCUUUAACUUCAAACUUUACCACGCAAACGCCUAACGACAAUUUACUACCAAUUUCGCCGCAUAGUGACACUCGUAAUAAGUUUGAGGAGAAAAGCUUAGAUUCUACGGAUAGCGGAAUCGCACAGGAUUCUCAUUCCGAUAGAGAGAGGGAAGUACAAGACUUACCUAUUGAUAGUCCUCCGAAAGUUUUCGUUCCGAGAGAACAGGAUUCGGUACCUCCGACGGAAGAGCAAUCAAUUGGUAUCGAUUCCGUGGUUAAUAAAGAACCUUCUUUUAACGAAACCGUAACAUCUGCGAAGGUCCAAUCCUCAAAAGAUAAACAGAACAAUGCCCUUUCUGAUGAUACUACUGAUAAACUAGUCAUUGCAACCGAAAUAGUCGCGCCGGUAGAGCCAUCACUUCCUACGCAGGUAUUAUCAGAUAUAAAAGUGGCUCCCCAACCACCAAAAAGGCAGUUCGCUGAUGCGAAGAACUCAAAAUUGGGAAAGAUUUGCACAAAUCAACAGAACGAAUCAGAACUGAUCGAUAUCGACUGGCACUACCAAUUGCCUUCCCCACCGAAGGCAUUUAGAGAUGUUAGUCCCCUUGACCCUUCAGCUUACGAGGCUACCUCAGUAGGUGACUUGAAGGAUUCUGUAGUUACUUCUCCAGAGCUUUUUGAGAAACUGAAAAGCCUGGAGGAUAGUCAUUCAGAAAAUGGUACCCUAAAGAGUGAGGUUACUAGUAUCGCUAGCGAAGAACCUCUGAACACGUUGUCUCUAGAACAUUUGGAAAAAAGGAAAUCUUUGGUGUACAACAGGGAACUCGCGACUAGUCUCAAAAUGACUGAUAGUAUAGGAAUUAAGGCGGAGACUAAGGCGUCAUUAGGUGAUACUUUUUCAAAUUCUUUGUCGACUUUUGAAUCUACUUACGACAAUAUGACCAAUACGAGUAUUGUUCAAGAAGUUAGCAACAAACGUUCUAAGUCUUAUGCUGUAUCCAAUACAUUACCGAAUUUUAAGAUAACAACGUACGACGUGCCAAAACAAAAAAUCAAGGUUUUCGAAGACGAAACAAUUAGGAGCAAUUCGACUACGUCCAAUCUCAAAAAAUCUUUCGGUGGGUCUAUGCAAAAUAUUUCUCAUAGUGCUAAGCAAAAUGGGGACUAUGUGACAAAGGAAACAAGCCACGAGUACAUAUUCUAUAGGCCGAAGCCGAUGAAUGUACCUCCUAACGUUUCACGUUCAGGAUCCUUUUCCGACAAUAGACUUCCAAUGAAACCAGUAUCAAGAUCAAAGUCACAAUUAACUUUGACUAAGUACAAGGACGUCAAAUCCGGACCUGUCCGCGACGAAUCAUUGUCGAGGAGUACUAGCUCAUUUGAUAUUUCUGGGCUCCAGAGUUUAGAGGUAAUGAAAUUAAUUCAAAACAAACUCGAUACUCCGACAGGUCCUGUGGAAAACCUUCAACCAAAAGAACAGCCCCGACGCCAAAUUACGCCUCAAAGUAUAUUACCAGAAUCUGAAAUUGAAGAUAAAGAAGUAGUGCCUAAAGAAUCGAACGAAGACAGACUUGUUUCUACCAGACCCAUAAAAAAAUACCAUUACAGAGGGCCACCUGCAGUUGAGCUGGCAACAUGGUCUGAGCGACCUAAGGUGCCGGUAGCGGUCAAAGAAGAUGCCGAUUAUAAAUUGGGCAAUCACUUCAACAACAUAUCGUCUAAAUUAAUUGUCAACACUACCAACAACAAUAUUUCGAGUAAUAACAGUAUCGAGAUUAAAGGCGCACCUAAAAGUUACGGCGAAUACAAAGAGUCAGAUGCCAAGUUCGGCGGUGCCAACGAAGAAAUCACGCAGAAGUCCGGCAAUGUCGUAAUUAAAAUAGGGGGUAACCAAAAUAGUUUUACUAGAAAUUUUGAUAACCCGAAACUUCUGGGUCCGACUGGUUACAGAAAACCGUUCUCCAACGUCAAUGGAAAUGCUAAUGGUUAUACAAAUAAACCAAGACCUCAUUCAAUAGCACUCGAUUCUAAUUUUGAUAUUUCGAGGGUGCCUGUGGUGCGAUCCGUUGAAUUUAAGAAACCUUACAAAGACAUUCAGGGAAAUAACACGUCAGUUACUCACAUUUUCUCCGGCAAUGAUAGUUUAUAUUCGUACAAUAAUAAUAUAAAUGAACCGGAGCAAUACCGAAGCGCUGAGAACAUUAAGAAUUUGGAAAAAGGUGAAAGCGAGACGCACAGGAAGAUAUUUCGGGUUGGAAGCUACAAACCAAUCGAAAAUCACGCGCCGCCCGUUGUCAGAGGUUUUAGAGCUCAGACCAACUCGGACGUCAGCCACAGGUUAUCGUGGAACCCUAGCAAUUAUGGUACUUUGCCGCUAAAAACUAAACAAGAGAAGGAAUAUUCUACGAAUCAGCACGUACCAUUUUCCCAAUUAAAUCUGAGACGAACUGAAUCGAGUAGAAUAAUUAAUAACGACGGCAUUAAUCAAACGAGGAUUGAAGAUUAUGAAAAAACUAACUCGUAUACUUCACUUCCCUCUGCGUUUAUUAACAGAAAAGUGGAAGUAGCACCGCCACCGCCACCUCCCCAAAUGCCGAAGCUAAUAUUGAGAAAAACUCCUCCGAAAGAAGUACGAAUUCAUGCUACAGUAGAUCCUAGAGACAUGCUCAUGGAAUCUAUCCGAAACUUUGGCGGCAAGAAAGGGCUCAAACUUGCGAAAGCUUGAUUUUUGGUAUUUGUGUAAAUAGAGCCAUUUUAGUCAGUUUCUUUCACGUAAAGCUCAAUUAUCGUGUUAUCAGUUUUAGUUGUACAUAUUCUGUUUUGUAUACCUACAUAUACAUAUAUAUUUGUGUGUGUCAAAUAAUGGUUUGGCAAAAAGUAUAUAUCGAAUGUACUUGUAACUGACUUGGUAUUUACUUUUUGUAUAAUAUUGUAUAUUAAUAUAAGAGUGAUGAAUUAAGAAAAUAUUGUAAAAGUUUGUCUUUAGAUAGGCACCAUAAUAAACUAAUAUGUAUGUUUAUGUUGAGUAUAAUACACUUUAGUACAUAUUAGGGACCAAAGGUUUAUGCGGAUAUUAUUUAUUUGUUACAUAAAAAUGUAUAUUAAUAUUUCUCAAUAAAAAGAAUUAAUUACUUACA